UUUGUAAAAGUUCCAUACGUUCAGUAAAGUCAAUUUGAAUACACAAGUACGUAUGUAAAAAACAUACCUACUUGUACAUUUUUAUUGUUGGCUCAAUACGCCUUACAAAUUACAACUGCAGUAAAGCAGCAUUCUUGUCUAUUAUUUCAGAACGGGUCGUUUUUAUGUCAUUGUCAAGUUGGCAUUUUUGAACGAAAAUGUCAAACAAAAUCGUAAGAAUACUAUUUGCCAAACAUGGAGCUUAAAAUAUAUUAUAUUUAGUUAUUUUCAUUAUGUUAAUAAUAAUAAACCUAUUAUAAAAGCAUGAAUCAAUGACUCACACGGCUCAUGAAUACUACGUUAUAAUUAGAAUUCAUUCUCAAAGAGUUGCGCUAUCGUAACAGUUGUUUCACAGUGAUACUGCGAGCCGAUGAAGUACUUAUACGAUUAACAAUACCGAUAAGAAAUACCAUAAGUACUUAUCAUAAACAUACGUGAAAGACCGGACGCACUCUGAAUCGCCUUACGGUACUCAAUUGACCGGGGAUAUACAUCGCGCACCGCCGUGGCCUCGACCGCGAAACGAAAAAGAAACAAUGUUGUUGUUACCAAAGAGCCUGGACUCUGAAGAUGAAGUAGUUGUGACUGGAAAUUUGGAAGGAGAUGCCAGAACUUUGACUAUUGGCUUAGUAACAGGUAUGAGUGAACCUGAUUAUCAAAAUGUAGCAUGCCAGUUAGAUGUGAAAUUCCCUUCCAACGGUGCAAACAACAUAGCAAUAAAAGUAAUACAAAAUGGCAACCAUGAACUUGUGAAUGAUGGCAAACCAGCUACUGACUACUUUAUUGAAGGUGAAGAAUUCAUAAUAAGAUUCAGAGUCAGAAAUGAAAAUUACAUAAGCAUUUAUGUUGGACCAUCGUUUCUGGAGCAAGUAGAAUUAAAACACAAUGUCAAUGACAUCAGAUUUCUAGCAGUAAAUGGAGAUGUAAAAAUAAAAAAGUUUGAAUAUGAAUUUGCAUAAAAUGGUAUUUUCAAGUUUUCAUCUAUAAUUACCUAAUUUGAAAAGGACCUGCUACAUUCAACACAAUAUGUUGGGGAUGUCUUAUAAAUAAAGGAAAUUGUAGGUAGAAAAUAUUCACUACAAUAUAUUUUGUAGAUAUACAGAAUAUUGCAUUUUUAGAAGUAAUGAAAAGAUUUAAGUGUGCUGAAAAUUUAUUUUGUUAAUGAUGUUGCAAUUCCAAUGGUAAGAAAAUAUGUAAAUAUAUAUUUUUUUGUUAUUAUUGUAACAAGUACAUUUGAUAUGUACUUAUUGAUUACUCAAAUGUAAUGUAGAAAAAACCAGUAAAUUGUAAUAAGCAAAAAUGAUUGUUAUUACUUAUCAGUAUAUUAAGCAUUUGUGGCAUGUGUAUUAUGUCAGCAAACAAAUUUAAGUUUUGUCUGUAUUUAAAUCUUUUAUAAAUAAUUUUAAUAUUAUUAUGUGAUUUAGUGAACAUUGUAUGUAGAGUUCUGUAAGAAUAUUUCAUCAGUAUUGACAUUUGUUGUGGAGGAAUUGUGCAACAUGUUAUUUUGUUAUCCGAUGUUACCUAUUUGUUUAUGUCUAGUUAUUAACAAGUUAGUUGUCUUCAUCCCACCUUAUUGAUUACUUUGCUAUGUAUAUAUAAGUCAGUGCUUUUUUAAUACCAGACUUGAGUUGAGCACUAUAAAAUCAACAUGAUUAGGUACAAAUCUUUUAAUUUGUUAAUUCUACAUCAGAAAGUGUUAUGUCUUGACCUGAUAGGUAUGAGUUUUAUUAUAAUUAUUAGAGCUUCUUAUGAAAUAAGCAUAUUCAUAAAAAAUACUAUAUUAUACACUACUAUUCUUUCUAUAAUUUAAGCAUACUCAUGAAAAAAUAUUGUUAUUGCAAAUUUAAAUAAUAAGUUAAACGCAUAGGUAUCAUUUGCUUUUUUUGUUGUUAAAAUCCACUAUGGCAGUUAUAUAAAUUUUCCAAACGAGGGAAGAGGCAUUUUAUAGUAUGGCAAACAUAUUAAAAUUAUUUUCAAAACAAAUAAAAAAAUAUUAAGUUAUUCUAAUGAACAAAAAGUUAUAUAGAAAUAAAAAAUAAUAUGUAAAUUGCUUGAGAUAAUUAAAAUAAUUGCCUCAAUAUAAGCAAGAAUGGUUUCACAUUAAAGACAGUUUUGGACGAUUUGAUAAAUCAAUUUGAAUUUGAUAAAUUAUUUAAUUCCAUAAUUUUAAGAAUUUCACUAUGGUACUUAUUUAUGUAUAUUUGAAUAAGUAAAUGUAAUGGGGUGAUUUAUACACAAAUAUGUAAAUUUAAAGAUUGGUUGAUAAUUUUCAGAAUCUCCUUGACCAGACUAAGUCUGUGGUUUGUAACAAUUCUAUUUAACUAUAUAAUUUUUUUUAGCUGAAUUACUAGUACUACGUACUUUUAGUUUUAUAAUAGAAAGGGAUCGCAUCGAAUACGAAUCUUUAGAUAAACAAAAUAAUUCCCUUUGUCCUAGAUCCUGUAUUCUUGAUAACACAAAAAUGUUACAUAUUCUUUUUUGAGAAAAUAGUUAAAUGAUAAUAUGAUUGAAAUAAAAGAAAUAAUUUA